AUGGCUCUGCGAAGAAUGUCUGCCUGGUCGACUCUAUCUGGCAAGUCUGAUCCUGGAGUUGACGGGGUACUGAUCAAGCGUGCAUUCGGCGAUCUCGAGAGGCUCCUCGAUGAAGCUCUCUCCCUCGCCCUGGAGGUCGCGGACCAUUCGGAAGCCGCAGCUCAUGCUAGCCACCCUGCCGUGCCGAAUGAGCAUGGCACCGAUUUUGUGGACGAAUCAAACUUGACGACGGGCAUCAUCUCCCAAGAAAACGUCGAAGCAUUUCCUAUAGAUGGAGUAGAUGUGGCCUACACAGCGAGACCGGGCUGCAGACGUGCUGCCACUUACACUGCCAUACCCAAACGCCCGCGGCUGGCCGAUGUAGUUGAGAGCUAUUCCGGAACCUAUCAGGAGCUUCGAACAAGGACUCAGGUUGAACGAAGACAACAAAGUGGCACCUCACGACAUUCUUCACUCAGCAGAAAGUCCUGGAAAUCUAACAAAGGGUUCAAAAUGGAUCGUAGACGGAGGCCGUUUAUGCUGAAAGAUCUCCGCAGCACAAGUGCCCUGCUUGAUAUUGGAGGAAUGGACGUCAAAGGACAAACAACAGCUCACAAACGCUCGGCAGCUGUGAACGUUUCAUCAGCCGUUCGAAGCGGGACCAGCCAUGAUGCUUUACCAGAACAUAACAUUGCUGGGAGAAGGCUGCAUGGCGAACAUGGCAUCAAUCUUCGAAAGCGAUCGCACGCAAUUGCAGUCAGCAGCCCCAGGCUUACCAACACUGCGUCUUGGAGGGCAAUGCUGUUGGCCUCUCGUACCCUAAUGGGUGGCUCUUUGGGUUUUGCAACUAUGAACUUUCACUCAGUUCUGACGGACCUUUUUGGAGCUUCGUUAAUGUGUCAGCAUCCCCAUGAAGAGGUUGUCGAUCAUUUUGAUGCAAGAAGACAUGGUGGCGGUAUGGGCAUUUGGCUCGGUAUCUGGACCUGGUGCUGGAUUGGAUCUCUUGGACUUGGUUUUCUCAUUGGCGCAGCCAUCAUUGAUAAGCAUUCGCCAGCAUGGGGAUUUUACAUCAGCAUUAUGAUGAUUGCAGUUGUCUUGAUUCUCAAUGUGAUUUGCCCUGAGGUCCGACGAUCUGCAUUCCGACGGUCGAUUGCAGAAGUCCGAACAGGAGGGGACAUCUCGCGUCGUCUGGCUCGAGGAGAAGUGAUGAUGCAUCGAGUCAAGACAGGUCCAAAGUGGUGGGGACAGGAAGCAUACCAUGGCAUUCGUUUAUCUUUGGAGAUGCUCGAACAACCUGGCUUCGCGGUUGUAGCGAUAUAUGUCGCCUGGAUUUAUGCACAAGUCGUUCUUGUCAUCAUUCUGCUGGGCUCACUCGUAUCUCGAUUCUAUCAUCUCAGAUCGCCAUAUGUCGGUCUUCAUGUCGCCGCCGUUGCACUCGGCGCUCUACUUGCAAUUCCUUUUCAAAAAGUCAGCAUCUUCUCAAGAUCUCGCAACAGAGAAAAUAAAGUCAACCGGGAUGUUCUGGGCCAAAAGAUAGUGUGGUCUUCACAUCUAGUCCGCCGGGCCGUCUUUACUAUUGCCCUUCCGAUUGGCGGCGCCUGUUAUGCUGCUGUUUCGUCAGGACCACCAAUCAGUCCUGGGGUGCCAACCUUUUUUGCCUUAUGUAUAGGUUUUCUAUCCUGCCUCGCCAUUUCAGAAUGCAACGGUCUCAUCAUGGAAACCUUCGAUACAUCGGAUCUAUCUCCCGGAAUGGUUGGUCUCCACCGUGAUCCCACAGGUCAAGACCAGUGUCGAACCAACUACUCCUCUUUCCCGAGAGUGACAGCAGGAUUCGCUAUGAUACAAUCCUUCUCAUACAUACUUGCGGCUGGUUCAACUGCGCUGGGCGGUCAUGUAACGCGGAAGCUUGGCCAACAAGUUGCCACGAGUGUCGUAGCCGCGAUACUCUUCUUGUUGACUGUCCUCUUGUUGCUUGUUCUUAUCCGGUUCAAGAAUGUGCUCAUCAUACCUCGUUCGAAAUCAGAAGAGAUGGAGAGGAUUACCCAAGCACGUCGAAGGUCUUCGAAGCGCCGAGCUUCCAUGCCCAAUGACUUGCGGGCAUUGAUGGAAGAGGAUCAUGCCUGGCGGCCCACAAUGAUAGGAAACCCGAUGGGCAAAAACCGCCGAAUGAACGUAUUGGAAAUGGGUAACCUGACAAGGUGGCAAGAUAUUCGACGGAGGAAUAAGCUCAUCGAUGCGGGUGUCCAUCUCAAUCGUGAUACGUUGGAUCAAGGUCUAGAUGCUCUAGAUGUUGCACUCGAAAAUCAUAUUGAUAACAUGCGACAGAAUGCAUCUGGGUUCUUCAGACGAGGGAGCUUAAGAAAGCAUGGAAGCCGUCUUCGUCGCAGCAACCAAAGCAGUGAACAGACAUUUCAUAACUUGGAACUGGACAUGCUCGAUCCAGCGGGAACGCCGAGCGAGUCAUCGCAGCAACCUCGACAGUACGUCGAGAGGGAAUGUGUUAUGGGUCAAACAAUCAAGGAGGAGAACAAGGACGAAGCCCAAGCUGGACCUAGCACAUCGCCAAAAGACCAUACCUGA